GUGAUUGGAAGUUUUGUAAGCAUUUUGUGUUUGUGUAGCUUUAAAUGAAGACGUAGCUCCUGAAAAUCGCAGACAGUAAAGAAAUAUUUUUCACUUUAUGUUGUGUUGAAAAUUGUAGAAGAGAAAUUUUUUUGUUGACAUAAAAUUUGCAUUUAAUUAAGAAAACUGAGUGGUCGAGAGCUGUUGAUAGAAAAUUAUUUCCUCAUUUAAUUCAACUUGAUUUCGAAUCAUAUUUAAGGGAAAGUGGAAACGAAAUUAGAACAGUGAAGGAGAAAGAGAACGAAAAAAAGAAAGAAAAAAAAAGCAACGUUCAAAUGAAUUAAAGCCCUGGGGAGAGUUAUAAACGAUUUUGAAAAGGCGAGGGGAACUGACUCAACAGAAGUGAUCGAGUCACCACUGUGGAAGUGAAGAGAAAAGCGGAAAGUUAGGAAAACUUAUUUAAGGAGAGCAUUCAUUGACACAUUAUGGCAGCUGUGGGUUUCCAACAAACACAAAAAUCCUCCAUCAACUUUGCCCUUUCACUUGACAAGAGCACGGAUGUGGAUAACGAUUUGAGUCAGCGAAUUGAGGAGUUCAAACAUCAAAAUCCUGAAGAAGUAGAAGAACUAAAGAAAUGCAUACAAGAAGUGCUUGGCGAGGCUGAAAAAACAGCUCAGGAGAGGCUUGAAAAGAAAACGAGUGACGAAGCGAAAGAAAAGAACUUGAAUGCUUUUAUGUCAGGAUUAAAGGACAAAAAUAAGCGAGUUGUGACGCGAGCACGAAGUCUUGCUCGUUCUUUGAUCGACACGAUUUGUAAUUGUACCAACAAUGUAUCGAAUCCUCUUCAACAUGCCGCGACAAGAUUGAGAAGACAGCAAACAGCUUACGAGCGAAGUUCAAGUACACCACGACAACAAACAAGAUUUGAGGAUUAAUGUGGACCAUUGACGAAGUUUUCGACUAUUUUUAGACAACUUAUAAGAACAACAUAAUCGACAGUGAAUGUGGUUGAUAUCUAAAGUUCAAACAAAUGAUUCGUAAACAUAAUUUAUGUCAUAUUUGUUAAAGAUUAGGUGAAAUAAUCUAUUAGAAUUCCAAAUGUGUUUGUAGUGAAAUUAAACCCACAAUUUACAUAUGUCGAUUUGUUGUUCUUUGAUUAACAUUUAAAUCCGAGCUUUUAAAUAUAUUUAAUGAUCACACUGAGAGACAUCAAAAAGCUUCUUUUUCUACUUCAAGUGUUUAACUCAAUUGUCCCUUUGUUUUAAUUAAAUCACUCAGCUGCUCAACUAAGCAUACUAACACCCAGGAAAUUUGUAACCUUUUACAAGUCUCUCAGGUGACAUCGACUGUUCAUAAAAAGAGUUUUAUUAUCACUGACAAAUGUUUCCACUUCGUUUACUUUUUAAAUUAUUUCAACCAAAAGAUUUCUUCUUAUUACUUUCCAAUUACUUUAAGGGACGGAAAACACUUCGAUUUCUUCUUCUUUUCUUAUUUAUUUUUAAAAGCUUUUAAACCAAAAUAAAAAUAAUGAAAUGUGAAAUAUUUGAAAGCCCAUCAAAAAAAGAAUGGAAUGAAAAAAAGUCUCAUGAAAAUUUAUGGGAAAUUCAUUUACCUACCUAUGAACAUAAAAGAAUAAAAAACCUAAGUCUGAUUGUUGAUGAAAAUAUGUAAAUGUAAAUUUUAUGCGAUGCGGGGGAGUGGAAAGCAGCCGGAAGCGCGAGAGAUCUUUUUUUUCUGCACGACUAUCCUGAAACAGCUGCACCUCCUUUGUAUUAUUUAUGUUUUAUUUAAAAAUUAAAACAGUAACAACAAAUAUUUGAAGCGCGCUCAUGUAUUUAAUGUAAAAAUAAAGCAAGCUAGGCAAAUUGAUGUGGCAGAAAGUUUGCGUUUAACAACGGAAUUACACGAAAUUUUUGAUGAUGUUGAUUUAUGAAGCAACUCAUUCGCUCAUUCUGUUCAACCAACCAAAUGAGUUCUAAAAUGGAAACUCUCAAAAGUAAGCACCACAUGAAGAGAUAAGCUGAGGUAGCUUUUACAUCAACCCUGAUAUUUAAGAGAAAGUAAAUAUAAACACGCUUUAAAUCAACAAUAAUAACAGCAAAAAAAAGAAGCUCUCAAGACAAUCACAAUCUCUUAAGCUGAAAAUCAUUUACAAUAUUUUCUCUCUCGCUUUCAUCUUUUUUUAUGAUUAUGUAAUCUCCUAGAAAGCUAAGUGUAAUGAAGACAAAAGAACUCUUUGGAAUUAUGUAGCAAGAAGAAAGCAAGCAAUUCAUAAAAUGAUUGAAUAUUUAUGAAGAAGAAAAUUUGAAUGUUUGAAAUGACGAGAGUUGUUGGGAUUUAAUGAAAGUGAGAGUCGUACUUAUUUACUUUGAAAACGAUGACAUCAAUUUGAUUGAGUUUAAAAUAAUGAGUCUUAAGUGGGAUUAAUUAAAUAUCUUCAAUCCUCAGUAUCUCAAUGCUUUGAUGAAAGCUUUAAUUUGAUUUGUAAUGAGUCUAAACAAUGAUAAGAAUUUGUAAUAUUUUUAACUAGAUAUCUAUUUAUAAUUAUCACGCUACACCCACCCACAAUACAAAAAAUGAAAUAUUUAAAGCAAUUUUAAGGAAAUUGGUUGUCAUGGAUGAAAUUGAAAUUUAUUCUGAAAAAAAAGGAUUAGAAAUGUAAACUUUGUUGUGAAUUCCAACAUAUUGCGAUGAAGUAAAGAAGGAAAUAAAACUGGAACAAUAAAUGUACAUGAAAAAUUGUCAUUUUCCCAUCGGC